UCGUCCAGCUACGGCGCCCCAUCGGCUCCAUCCUCCUCUCACGGCCCAUCGUCCAGCUACGGCGCCCCAUCGGCUCCAUCCUCCUCCUACGGUGCCCCAUCGUCCAGCUACGGCGCCCCAUCGGCUCCAUCCUCCUCUCACGGCGCUCCAUCCUCCAGCUAUGGUGCCCCAUCGUCCAGCUACGGCGUCCCAUCGGGUCCAUCUUCGUCGUACGGCGCCCCAUCGGGCCACGGAGGCGACCAAGGGUACGGUAGCGGCGGAGGAUCGUUGGGCGGAUUGUCAGGUUCGUACGGGCCCCCGGCGGCUCAACCCCCGCAGGGGAGAUGGGAGAAGAAACUGACGUGGAAAGCGGAGUGGAAACGGGUGUGGAAAACGGAGCAGAAGUUGGCGUGGAAGCAGGAGUGGAAGAAGGUGCAGGUGCCUGUGUGGAAGGAGGUUCAGGUGCCCGCGUGGAAGGAGGUGAAGGUGCCGGUUUGGAAGAAGGUUCAGAAACCGGUGUGGAAGGAGGUUCAGGUGCCGGUGUGGAAGGAGGUGCAGGUGCCGGGAUGGAAGAAGGUUUGGAAGCCGGUGUGGAAGGAAGUGCAGGUCCCCGCGUGGAAAGAGGUCCAGGUCCCGGAUUGGAAGAAGAUCUGGGUGCCUGAAUGGGUGAAGAUCGGGAUACCGGGUGAACAGUACGUGGGCAAGGAUCAGCACGGGUGGCAGUACACGAGCCACGACCUGUGGAAGAAGAAACUGAUCUGGAAACCGGUGUGGAAGAAGAUCUGGAGGACGGAGAAGAAGCAGGUGUGGGUGAGCGAGAAGAAGCUGGAGUGGAAGGCCGAGUGGAAACAGGUGUGGAAGACGGAGAAGAAGCAAGCAUGGGCCACGGAGAAGAAGCUGGUGUGGAAGGAGGAGUCGGUCCAGGUAUGGGUGCCCGAGAAGAAACAGAUCUGGGUGACGCAGAAGAAGCAGGUGUGGAAGGACGAGUGGAAGAGCAAGUGGGUGCCCGUUUGGAAGGACGUCCAGGUACCAGCGUGGAAGAAGGUAUGGAAGCCCGUUUGGGAGAAAGUUUGGGUACAAGUUCAACCCCACCACGACGAGCACCACGGCUACAAGUAACUCUUUUUCAUCCUCGCCCCUCCCGAU